AUGGCUGAAACUAUUAAAUUAGUUUUUUUAAUAAUCCUCUUUAUUUUCUUAUUUCUUAUAGUAAUGGAUUUUAAUGCAAGUAAAUGGACGGAGCUAGAAUGCAAGAAGCAUUCGGAUUGCCCACGUGAUUAUUGUAAGCCUCCUUUUGUUAUUAGAUGUGAUUUUCAUAAAUGUUUUUGUCGUUAAUUAUAUGUCUGCUUAGUUGUAAGAUGUUGAAAUUAUGACCUCAAAAAAUAUAUUUUAAAUAUCAUAGGAGACCGUUGUAAAACACUAUCUAGAGUUGUUGUUAAUCAUCUCCUAUAGUUUUAUUUUAAAAAAUAUGUGAUGUAUAAUCAACUACUACAAUAUGAUGAUAUAAUUGCACAAAUACUUGCAUUGCAAUAAAUUAUAGAUUUCUUAACAUAUUUAUACAUCUGCUUAAUAAUUCACUGAGGUAAAAUCUAUUAAAUGAUCCGCUUUUUUAUUCUUAGCUUUUAAAUCACAUUUUACAUAUUGAUCACGGCUAACAACAAAUAUUAAAAAAAAAAAUGAGUUGUGUUCGAAAUGUGGUGUGUUCUUUUUUUUUUUAAUUAUAUAACUUU